UUUACUCCAGAAAUAAAUUGGUAAAAUUACGGCUUCAAACGCAUCAAUAUGGAAGCCUCUCCUUCUAAUGCGACAACAAUAGAAGGUAUAAUGGCAGAGGAGUCUGGACUUGAGGAUUUGUGGUCAGAAUUGUAUGCACUGAAGAAUUUGUACCGUUUCCUUCACAUCGCAAGUGGAGAUGAUAGCCGUGACUGUUUGGAUGAAAAGUCCAGGGACGUACUGAAGAAACUGUUGGAUGGUGCUACUAACCAAGCUCUCCAAUCUCAAGCCAAGAUAAUCUGCUAUACACCGGAACCCCCUCAGACCUUGGAAAAACUAGAGAAUGCUAGAGGACCUGUAGCUUCUACAGCAGAGAAUACAGAGCCUAAGAUUUCUACCGAAGAAGAGGUUAAAACUCCAGAGGAGUUACGGAGAUGCACGCCAAUCUCAUCAAAACAAGAGACCGCAGAAUCCACCCAGUCCAAUAACCCUCCGACCAAAGCCAUGACCAAGCAGCCCAAGAGAGAACCCGAGCUCCUUCAGAAAACAGAACCAAAAUUCACGUGUAAAAGAUGUCCAGGUGUAAAUAGACGUGGUGCUCUAAGCCGCCAGAACUCAUCGACAGUCUCGGACAAGAGAUUAGCACUCCGUCAUCCUCAUCAUCAAGAUCGAGAAUCAUCGAAGCCCAGAACAGGGAACAGGAUCAACAAGAAGAAGCAAGCAAACGUUGUCAAUGCACGAAGCCAAGAUGAGCGAGGUUUCGUCGAGGGCUGGAGGUUUGAAAUUGACGGAGUCCUCGAGGGAGAACUCGACGAUUCGGAUGAGGGGAUGGAGGGAGAGGGAAGAGGGAGAGGAAGAGGAAGGGUAGAAGACGGUUACGUGGCAGUUUCUCGAUGCCAGCUGGUUGCAGAGCUCGGUGGCGGGAAAGAGGUGGCCUGGGUGUGGAAAUGGGACUACUAUGACUUCGGGAGGAGACAUUGUCUGCAAAUCUUGAAAUUGUCCAGGGGGGGGCUUGCUAAUUUGGAGAAGUUUGAUCUUUGGGUCGAUGAGUUUAUGUAG